ACAGAGCCGGCAGAGCUUCCAUGAGAGCAAAGACGAGCUCCAGCACUGCAGCCAUGUCCACAUCCCUGCGGGUGAGCCCCUCACUCCAUGGGUACCGCUUCGACACCGCGCUGCGCAAGAAAGCCGCGGCCAACAUCUUCGAGAGCAUCAACGAGGCAUCCCUGCAGAAACUCUUCAGAAACUCCGGCGACAAGAAGGCGGAGGAGAGAGCCAAGAUAAUCCUCGCCACCGACCAGGACAUGGAGGAAAAAACCAGGGCGCUGAUGGCGCUAAAGCAGAGGAGGAAAGACAAGCUGCUGCAGUUCCUGACGUUUCGGAAAUACUCCAUCAAAGUUCACUGAGCUGGCUGGCGGAGGGAGCAGGAAUGGAGAACUUUGUGACGGGACUGUUUGAGGGCUCCUAGCACGCUCAGCAUGCUCGGUGGGCCUGGGGAGCUGACAGUCCAUGCAGGGGCUUCAGCUCUACUGGAAAACAUGAGCCAACAGCAGCAUCCCUGCGGGCAGCAGCAUCGGUGCCCAUGGCAGCACUAGUGUGACCAGCAGGACCAGUGCCCACAGCACACCAGUGUGGACAGCAGGACCAGUGCCCAUGGCACAUUGGUGUGGCCAGCAGCCUGAUCAGUGCCCACAGCAGCAUCUGUGUCCAUGGCACACUGGUGUGGCCAGCAGGACCAGUGCCCGUGGCACACUGGUGUGGACAGCAACAUCGGUGCCCAUGGCACAUUGAUGUGGACAGCAGCCUGAUCAGUGCCCAGGGCACAUUGGCGUGGCCAGCAGCAUCAGUGCCCACAGCAGCACUGGUGUGGCCAGCAGCACCAGUGCCCAGGGCACAUUGGCAUGGACAGCAGCAUCAGUGCCCACAGCAGCGCUGGUGUGACCAGCAGGAGCAGUGCCCAUGGCACAUUGGUGUGGACAGCAGCAUCAGUGCCCACAGCAGCACUGGUGUGGCCAGCAGCUGUGGUGUGGCCAGCAGGACCAGUGCCCACAGCAUCUCUGGUGUGGCCAGCAGGACCAGUGCCCACAGCACAUCACUGUGGCCAGCAGCCUGGUGGCCAGAGGCUCUCAGAGAGAGAGCAGCUCCCAGCUGGGGCAGAUUUGCUCCUCUGGGCAGCCAUGGGACUGAGCUGGGGGGAAACCCCACACCCAGGACCUCCUGAUGGACUUGGUGCUCCCAGACUUUGUGCUCUUCAGCCUGAGCCCUGCUGCUGUGGUGGUGGGGGGCUCUGGAGACCUCCCAGCUGCUGGUCAGGGUCAGAAUCUGUGAAAUGCCCCCAAGGCAGCGUGGUGCAGUGAGUUCAGCCGUCCGGGAAUGCAUUAACUCUGCACAGCUGUGCCUUUCCUUGCCAAGCUCUGUGUGUGCAGGAAAAGUCGUUUGCACAGAAGCAAUAAUAAUGACAGAUUUCCCUGAAUUUACUGUGAAGUUCCUUAAUAUUAUGUUCACUUACCACUAACACUAAAAAUCUAAAUAUAAUAACUACAGUUCUUCUCUGUGUAGGUGACAGCCACUAUUAGAUGAGUACUUACUUCAUGGCAAUAUUUUAUAACAAUGUUAAUAUUAUAUUGGCUAUAAUUUAUUGCAUACAGCGAUGUGAAAACUAAUAAAUUAUGAAGUAAAUCUAAA